CGUGAUUAGUCGCUGCGGAAUUCUAUCGACGCCCGUGAUGACGAGCCAGGUCCGAUAUUUAAGCCACGCCCGCUCCCAGCGCUCUGAUCUCUUUCUCUCUCUUCAGAAUCCUUCCAAUCACAGAAGCACUCAAUUAUCUCUACAAUGGCUACCAAACGUCUCUUGAAGCUCAACACAGGCGUCUCUAUUCCCGCGCUCGGUCUCGGAACCUGGCAAUCGGCUCCCAAUGAGGUCUAUGAGGCCGUUCUUACUGCUCUCAAGACUGGCUACCGCCACAUUGAUACCGCCUAUGCCUAUGAAAACGAGGCUGAGGUCGGCAAGGCGAUCCGUGAUAGUGGAAUCCCCCGUGAGGAGAUCUUCCUCACCACCAAGCUUUGGGGAACCUUCCACACGAAGCCCGAGGAGAACUUGGACAUUAGCUUGAAGAACCUUGGUCUGGAUUACGUCGAUCUCUACCUUAUGCACUGGCCUAUUCCCUUCAACCCCGAGGGCACCGGUCUUGUCCCUCACCGUGCUGAUGGAUCUGUUGACUCUCUCUCCGACUGGGACUUCAUCAAGACCUGGGAGCUGAUGCAGAAGAUUCCAUCUUCCAAGGCCAAGGCCAUCGGUGUCUCGAACUUCUCGAUCAAGAACCUCACCAAGCUCCUGGCCGCUCCUACUACCAAGGUUGUCCCCGCCGCUAACCAGGUCGAGCUUCACCCUUACCUCCCCCAGCACAAGCUCGUCGACUUCUGCAAGUCCAAGGGUAUCGUCGUCACCGCGUACUCUCCUCUUGGAUCCACCUCUGCUCCUCUUCAGAAGGAGCCUGUGGUCCAGAAGAUUGCCGAGGAGCUGAAGAUCACUGCUCCUCAGGUUUUGAUCUCGUGGGCCAUCUCGCGCGGCACCUCCGUCUUGCCCAAGUCGGUCACUCCUGAGCGCAUCGUUACUAACUUCAACGAUGUUGAGUUGGACGCUGAGAAGGUUGCUGCCAUCGACGAGAUCUACAAGACCACCUCGAAGAGAAUCGUGAAUCCGCCUUGGGGAGAUAUCUUCAAUGACGAAGAGUAAGCUAGGACUUUUGCAAACGAGCUUGAGCUUAGUUGCGAUGUAUUUGUGAAGUCCUCAGUCUAACUGUCCCAUGUAAACUUUGUAUAUCAAAAUAUUAUUUUUAUUUACACCAAU